AUGUCCAACGCACAAGUCAACAUAGAAGAUGAGCCCGAUUGUGGCUCAGAUGCUGAUGUGAUGUCCGAUGAUGGACUUUACAUUCUUGGAAUUUCAGCAACAGAACCUGCUGGCACAACAACUGUUGAAAUAGAUGUAACCAAGAGGAAAAGAAGGAGUACUGUUUGGGAGGAUUUUGAAAUUCUUGAGGGGAAGGGUUUUAGUGAUGGGAUGGAACGAGUAAAAUGCAUUAGGUGUGGGCAAAUCUAUAAGGUUGAUAGUACUACUAAUGGAACUGGAAUCCUUAGGAGACAUAUUUUAAAUUGCCCAAAACGGAAAAACAAAGGACCAACCCAAAUGACUCUGGGUGUUAAUGAUGGAAAAUUAAUGUUAAGAGAUAAAAAGAUUGACCAAUUCUGGGUGCGUGAUAAGGUCACAAUGCUUAUUGUGAGACAUGAGUUACCUUUAAUCUUUGUUGAGUAUGAGGAGUUCAGGGAAUUAAUCACAUACCUUUUUCCUGACUACACCCAUAUUACCCGAAACACACAAUUGGCAGAGAUUUUGAAGCUUUACAAUUUGGAGUCCAGUAGAAUCCAUAAUCUACUUAAGUCAUUUAAUGGAAAGAUUUCUUUGACAAGUGAUCUAUGGACAUCCAUCACCAAUGAUGGAUACAUAUCUUUGACUGACCAUUAUAUUGAUAAGGAUUGGGUGUUGCAUAAGAAGUUAUUGAAGUUUUGUAUCAUGCCACCUCCACAUACUGGCAUCAAUAUUUGUGAAAUGGUUUCAAAGAUCUUGUCUGAGUGGGGUAUUAACCGAAAAUUAUUUUCAAUUACUUUGGAUAAUGCUAUUUCUAAUUUCAGUUUUAUUGAGUUGUUGAAGAGAAAUCUGAAUUUGAAGAAUGCUCUUUUAUACGAGGCUGUGACAUUGAUUCGAUCUAGUAUAGCCUAUGUGAAAGGAUCACAAGCAAGAAAAAUGAAAUUCUUGGAUAUUUGUAAGCAAUUGUCAUUACCAAGUAGUAAGGGGUUGCAUGGAGAUGUCACCACAAGGUGGAACUCAACUUAUAUCAUGCUUGAUUCUGUUUUAUUUUAUCGGAAAGUAUUUGAGAACCUUGGACUAGUGGAGGACAAUUAUAAGACUUGUCCAAGUUCUGAUCAAUGGUUAAAGAUUGAGAAAUUGAUGGACUUUUUGCAUUCCUUCUAUGAAAUCACUGUUUUUUCAGGUUCCAAGUAUCCUACAUCAAAUUUGUAUUUUGAAAAUGUUUGGAAGAUUCACAAAAGAUUGUUAGAAGAUGUAUCACAUAGGCUUAGUUUUAUGAAGCCAAUGCCAGUUGAAAUGAAAAAGAAAUUUGACAAAUAUUGGAGGAACUAUAGUCCAAUUUUGGCCAUUGCCUUAGUGUUCGAUCCUCGUUACAAGCUUAGUUUUGUGACUUGGGCAUUUGCUAAGCUUGCUCCUUUGGAUCCAAUUGGAAUUGAUAUGGGAAACAAUGUGAAAUUUGCUUUGUAUCAACUUUUUAAUGAAUACAAGAGUAUGAAAGCAAGUGAUUAUGAAAUUCCAGUACUGUUCACUAGUCUUGGGAAAUCUAGAACCAGAACUGAAUUUAUGCAAUCCGUGAUUGAUGAGGCAGAUAAUGGAACUAAAGCUCAGCUAGAUGUGUAUCUAGAUGAACCCAAGAUUUCGUUCAAUAAUCGUGAUGAUGAGUAUGAUGUGUUGGCUUUUUGGAAGGCGAAUGGGUCAAGGUGUCCAGACAUGGCUCGGAUGACUCGUGAUGUCUUAGCUAUACCAGUUUCAACGGUUGCAACUGAGUCAGCUUUUAGCGCUAGGGGUCGUGUUAUUGACAAAAAUCGGAGCAAACUACUACCUACCAACGCUGAAGCACUAAUAUGUCUUCGAGACUGGAUGUUUGAUAUAGAUGUCAGAUAUGAACCUAUUGAUGAUCCCGUUGAUGUGGACAACGCGCUAGAAAAUGUGCUUGGACGGUUGCAGAUUGAAAGGGAGACUGGUGAGCCUUCAGGUUAUAAUAAGUAG